AUGAGUGCCGAUUUGAAGGCGUUGUUGGAAGCGCAAAACGACUUCCACGGGCGAAUGUCCCGCUCCGUGGACAAUCUGCGCAAGAUGGGCGUCUCGAGCAUCACGGCCGAAGCAGUCCAGGCUCAUCAUGACCUCAUCAGGACAACUCUGAAAGAUAAAUAUCUCGAGAGUGAGUACGCUAAGGCAGACUUUAUCGAUAUCGCGGAAUCAACUUACGUGUCUCAGCGAAGCUUACUUGUCGAAUACGCGAACAGUCUCAAAGACGAGGCGUCGAUCACGCCCAAGACCGAGCGCCAAGAGCAGACGCUCAAAACUUCGUUGCCGCGGAUCAAGCUCCAGUCAUUCUCUGGGGCAUACGGAGAUUGGCCCGCGUUUCGCGACAUCUUUCAGUCCAUCGUCGGCAGCAAUGCGUCCAUCUCCGACGUGGAAAAGCUGCACUAUCUCCGCACGAGCUUGCAGGGUCCUGCGGAAAAGCUAAUUAGAUCGUUGCCAAUCGUCGGGGGCAAUUACGAGCGAGCCUGGUCCAUCCUCAGCUCACAUUAUGAGAACAAGCGGGAACUCAUUCGCGCCAACUUCGCCGCUUUCAACGCCGUGGCAAGAAUGAAAGCCGCGACUGCCGACGAGCUUAGCCGCGUUUAUAAUGCAGCCACCACUGCCAUUAAUGCUCAGGAGAGCAUUGCCAGGCCAAUAGACACGCACGGAAUGGACCUCUUUAACUACUUACUUAUCGAGCGAUUCGAUGCGCAAACCCAGAUGCAAUGGGAGUCCUCCAUCCGCGACUCCGUCGACCCGCCAAGUAACGACGUGCUUAUGGACUUCAUCGCGAAGCAAAUCCUGACACUGAACGCCGUGCAGCCAGCCACCGUCGCGAAAUCCGGAGAAGCUUCCCGGUCCGCGAAGUCACACUUCGUGAAGCGCGCUUCGGACUCCUCAGUUUGCGCCGUCUGCAAAGAGAAACAUUCCGUUAUGCAGUGCGCGACGUUUAAGGCCAAGACCGCGACCGAACGGAAAACCCUGGUGGAGGCGCACAAGCUCUGCUUCAACUGCCUCGGGAACCACUUCCUAGCGAAAUGCCAAUCGACGAAAACGUGCUUCACAUGUAAGGCACGACACCACACUAUGCUGCACGACGCGUACUCGCAAGCCGACGGAGCAGCUUCGUUGUCCGCCACGCACUUCGCGUCGGACCGCAAGGCGAUCCUUCUCGCCACCGCUCGGGUCACCAUCAAGGACCACCUGGGGAGACCGCACGACGUUCGAGCGCUUAUUGACCAAGGGUCCGAGGUCUCUCUGGUCACGGAGGCUCUGGCCCAGCGGUUGCGUCUGCCGCGGGACCGCUCGAUGAAGAUAGCCGGGAUCGGAGGAGCAACCGGAGCAACUCGCGGACGGCUGUCAAUGACGCUGUCUUCCCCAAUCACUGGAGCAGCAUUCCCGGUGCAGGCGUACGUUCUCCCGCGUCUCUCGACGUACCAGGGGCCCGUCGUGCGAUCCGGCAUCACCUGGCCUCACCUACGCGGCCUCCCGCUAGCCGAUCCACAAUACCUUGACCGAGAUCCGAUCGAGAUAUUGCUCGGCGCGGACGCUUACUCCGCCAUCCUCCAGGAUGGGCUCCGCAAAGGACGUAAGGAUGAGCCAAUAGCGCAAAGGACCUCACUCGGAUGGAUCUUGUCGGGCGGUCAUCGAGCCACGACACAAGCCGGCCACACCGCCCAUCAAUGUACGGUCGAUCACGAGCUGAACGAUCUCGUAAAGCUCUUCUGGGAGCAGGAAAAGGAACCUGUCGCUCCCGUCGCGCUCACUCCUGAGGAGAAAAGAUGCGAAGACAUCUUCGCCCGCGAGCACUCACGCACUAACGCCGGGCGUUACAUGGUGAGGCUUCCCUUCGCCGGAACUGCACCCUCUCUGCCAGAAACCCGCCGGCCGGCCGAGCGUUUGCUCCACGCCAUGGAGCGCCGCUGCGAGAAGGACGCUCGAUUCGGCAACCUCUACCGCAGCUUCAUGAAGGACUACGAGGACCUGCAACACAUGGAAGCUGUAACUUCAUCAUCACAACGAGAAGAUACCGCACGGUGCUACUUACCGCAUCACGGAGUGUUGCGAGAGACGAGCACCACUACGAAGCUCAGGGUUGUAUUCAACGGCUCUCAGCUCACAACCUUGGGCACCUCACUGAACGCCAGCCUACUGACGGGAGCCAACCUCUUGCCAGCUCUCGCGGACGUGCUGCUUCGUUGGCGCUGGCACCACUAUGUCUUCGUGGCGGACAUCGAGAAGAUGUACCGCCAAAUCCUCAUCCACCAGGACGACCGCGAUCAUCAGCGGAUACUUUGGCGGCACAGUGCCGCCGACGACAUCCGCGAAUACCGCCUACAAACGGUCACGUAUGGCUUGGCGUGCGCGCCGUUCCUUGCCAUACGGACCUUGCACCAGCUCGCCGAUGACGAGGGUACACGUUUCCCGCGGGGAGCUGCCGCGCUGCGCCGCGAUACCUACGUGGACGACAUCGUGACCGGCGCCGGCACCCUUUCGGAAGUCACUUUAGCCCAGCGAGAGCUCCGCGGCCUCUGCAUGGCGGGCGGGUUUCCGCUUCGGAAGUGGGCGACGAACGACCUCCGCGUCCUGGACGGCGUUCCGCACGAGCACCGGCUCACCCACUCACCUCACUCGUGGUUUCACGAAAGCCACACCACGCUAGGUCUUCACUGGCAUCCGGCCGGUGACCACUUCACCUUUUCACAACAGGCGCGUCACUUCGAUGAACUCACUAAACGACGCGUGCUGUCUGAGACCGCUCGAAUGUUCGACCCGCUGGGCUGGCUCACUCCGGUCACGAUGCGAGCAAAAAUCUUAAUCCAGUCCGCCUGGCUCCAGAAGCUAGACUGGGAUGCUCCUCUUCCAUCAACGGACGCACUUGCUUGGAAGAGCCUGCUCACUCAACUCCCACGCCUCAACGAGAUAAGGGUAUCUCGUUGGCUCGGCAGCGACGGUUCGCACUCACAUGUUGACCUCCACGGAUUCGCCGACGCAUCGGAGCGAGGAUACGCCGCCGUGGUGUACCUCCGCUCCUCCACUCAAAAGGGCACCACGAUCCACUUGCUCAACGCGAAGGGCAAGGUCGCCCCCGUGAAGCCCGUGUCCUUGCCGCGACUCGAGUUGUGCGCUGCCGCCCUCUUAACGAACCUCGUUGCUCACACGCGCACUUUAUUGAGUCUGUCCGCAGCCCCCGUCUUCCUCUGGUCAGAUUCCAAGGUCACACUUCAUUGGAUUCACGGUCACGCCUCCCGCUGGAAGACCUACGUGGCCAACAGGGUGUCUCUGAUCCAAGAGCAACUGCCCGAAGCCCGAUGGCGACACGUGCCGGGAAGGGACAACCCGGCUGACUGCGCCUCCCGAGGCAUCCUGCCUGACGACCUGGUCGAUCAUCUUCUCUGGUGGACCGGACCAUCCUGGCUCCUAGAGGACGAGGCGAGGUGGCCAAGUGACGAUGGCGCCCUGCUGGACGCUGACUUGCCGGAGCGUAGAGCCGUCGCCUCACUGGCGGCUGCCGUCAAGGACGUUUCUGAGUCGGCCUUCCUUCUCCGGUUCUCAUCGCUGCACCGGCUCCUCAGAGCACUGCACUUCCACGACGAAUUCGACGCACUACGAAAAGAACGUGCCUUGCCACCGCGGAGUCCGCUCACGAGUCUGAAUCCGUUCAUCGAUGACAGCGGAGUGAUGCGUGUCGGAGGACGACUGAAACACGCCAUGCUGUCUCACGACGAGCGGCAUCCCAUUAUAAUUCCGCCGGAAUCCAGGCUGACUCACCUGAUGGUCGAUUCCUGUCACCGGCGAACCCUGCACGGAGGAGUGCAGCUCACCCUCGGGUUGCUGCGCCAACGGGUCUGGAUCCUGCGUGGUCGAGCGGUCGUUAAACGGGUCAUCCACCGAUGCGUCACCUGCACGCGAUGGAAAGCCGCCGCUCCACAACCGAUGAUGGGCAAUCUCCCCCGAGAGCGAGUGACUCCUGCACGCCCGUUCCUGCGCACCGGAGUCGACUACGCCGGCCCGAUCUUCAUCCGGACCAGCAAGGGGCGAGGCCACAAGGCGAGCAAGAGCUUCAUCUCAGUCUUUGUCUGCCUCAGUACCAAGGCCGUUCACCUCGAGGCAGUCACUGACUACUCGGCAGAGGCAUUCCUGGCCGCCUUCCGCCGCUUCGUCUCCCGGCGAGGCCUCUGCCAUGAAAUCUUCUCCGACUGCGGCACGAACUUCGUCGGGGCGGAUCGAGAGCUACGAGAACUGUUUCGCGCUUCCUCCUCCGACGGCCGUCGGAUAGCUCUCGCUACAACCUCCGACGGCGUGAGAUGGAGAUUCAACCCCCCGGCAGCUCCACACUUCGGCGGACUCUGGGAGGCAGCCGUAAAAUCCACGAAGCACCAUCUCCGCAGGGUCAUCGGCGAGGCCACCCUCACCUACGAGGAGAUGGCGACGCUCCUCGCUCAGGUGGAGGCGUGCCUGAAUUCACGCCCGUUACAGCCGCUGACGGACGACCCCGACGACGUGACGGCACUCACACCCGGGCACUUCCUGAUCGGAGCGCCCCUUCUGGCCGUCCCAGAACCGCCCCUCACCGCCGAGAAGGACACUGCACUCUCCCGGUGGCGACUUCUCCAGAAGAUGCGCGACCACUUCUGGGAACGGUGGUCGCGCGAAUACCUGGGCACCCUGGCCGCAAGACCGAAAUGGACCAGGGAUGAGACCGGCCCCAGCAUCGGCGACCUGUGCCUGCUCCGGUCCGAGAUCACACCCCCGACCAGAUGGCCGCUCGCCCGCAUCACGGCACUGCACCCCGGAGACGAUGGAAUCACCCGCGUGGUCACCCUCCGCACGGCGACGUCGAAGUUUACUCGGCCACUCGCGAAAAUCGUCCUCCUGCCGGGGGCCGACACCGCAGCACCAACAACUCCGGUCUCGUGA